AUGGCCAAAAACGACGACUCCGCGCCGGAUCUGAAGAUCCUCGGCGACCAAAUCACCCUCCAGCCCAGCGGCUACAUCAAGUCACAGCGCGACGACGAGAAGGAGGAGGCCUUGAUGAAGCACAUGGCCCGCUUCCGCUCCGAACCCUUACAGUUCCUCCGCGAAGUCUCCCUCUACGUCUCCGGCACCGGCUGGCGCGCCUACGACAAUGCCAUCGGCCAACCCAUCUUCUACUCCGGCUUCAGCGACAAGAUCAAGGACGCCGUGCUGUCGGCGCCCCUGCUUCAGGCGCGCAUCGCCGACCUCGCCGAGAAACGCGUCAAUGUUGAAGAGAAGGAAGGACUGCUGAGCAAGCAGGACAAGGAUUUCGACCUGAAGCGCGCGCGCAGGCGAGCGGCCAUCGAGGCCGGGAUUCAGGAAGUGGCCGAGAAGAUGACGGACGACAUGAUUUGCAAGUUCGAGAGCAAGACGUUCAUCCGGAGCGCAUACUACCUCGUCACACAACUGACUCUGCGGGCAUACCACCAGGGAAUCCACGUCUCUAGCGAGGAGGUGCUGAGGUUAAGAAAGGUCGCGGAGGAGGCCGAGAGGAAAAAGCAGAGCAUCAUAUUCUUGCCCUGUCACCGGUCGCACGUCGACUACGUCUCGCUGCAGCUCAUUUGCUACCGCUUGGGGCUGGGUCUGCCGGUUGUUGUCGCCGGUGACAACCUCAACUUUCCUCUGGUGGGAAGCUUCCUGCAGCACGCCGGCGCGAUGUGGAUCCGGAGAUCUUUCGGCGAUGACAUACUGUACACGACCCUUGUCCAGACAUACAUCGACACCCUGCUGCAAGGGGGCUACAACUUUGAGUGCUUCAUCGAAGGUGGUCGGUCGAGGACGGGCAAGCUGCUGCCACCAAAGUUUGGGAUCCUCAACUUCGUCCUCGACAGCAUUCUGUCAGGCCGUGUGGAGGAUGCCGUCAUCUGCCCGGUCAGCACGCAGUACGACAAGGUCAUUGAGACAGAAGGCUACGUGACCGAGCUGCUUGGUGUGCCCAAGAAGAAGGAGAAUCUAGCGGACUUUGUCUCGGGCGGUUCUUCCGUCCUGUCUCUCCGCCUCGGCAGAGUUGACGUCCGCUUCCACGAGCCCUGGAGCCUGCGAGGCUUCAUCAACGAACAGCUAGUGAAGUUGGCUAGAUUGCCGACUGGACUCAAUCUGGACACGAAGAACCCCGAGAACACCGCCGUCCGCCAAAAGCUGCUGCGAACGCUCGGCUACAAGGUGCUCUCUGACAUUAACGAUGUAUCGGUUGUCAUGCCUACCGCCUUGAUUGGUACCGUCCUGCUCACCCUGAGAGGCAGAGGUGUCGGCAAGGCCGAACUCGAGCGUCGCGUCAUGUGGCUCACUGACCGCGUUCGAGCGAAGGGUGGUCGUGUUGCUCAUUUCGGCAACGCGCCCCUCUCGGAUAUCAUCGAUCGUGGUCUCGAGGUGUUGGGUAAGGAUCUGGUCGGCGUCGUGACAGACCUGCCAGAACACACCUACUACGCCGUUGACAGAUUUCAACUCUCCUUCUACCGAAACAUGACGAUUCAUCUGUUCAUCUCGGAAGCGAUAGUGAGCGCUGCCAUGUACAUGAAAGUCAAGCAGGGAGGCGGUCCAGCCAUGCAGGACAUCUCGUUCCAAGAGCUCCAGGAUCAGAUUCAGUUCUUGUCGUCACUCUUCCGCGGGGAGUUCAUUUUCCCUAGCGACGGUCUCGCAGCAAACUUGGAGAAGACCUUGCGGGAUCUCGAGGCCGACAAGGUUCUCAAGCUUCACCGGGACGAGGCAGGCAAGGUGACGGUGGUCGGUCUGUCUGAUCACGAGAGAAUGGUCGGACGAGAGAACUACGACUUUUACUGUUUCCUGAUUUGGCCGUUUAUCGAGGCUAGUUGGCUCGCGGCGGUUUCUCUGAUGGGCUUGACGCCGCCUCUAGGCCAGAAGGACGAUAUCUGGAUCGAGGUUGCGAAAGCCCAGGGCAGUGCGCAGCUGCUCGGUAAAACCCUGUACCACCAAGGCGACCUAAGCUACUUCGAGGCUGUGAAUAAGGAGACUCUGAAGAAUGCCUAUCAACGAUUCGAGGAGGAAGGCAUUCUGCAGGUGGUCAAGUCGAAGGAUCCCAAGGUCCCCCCUCGUCUACGCCUCGACCCCGAAUGGUGCCCUUCCCGGGACCCAAUCACGGGUGUUCUGAACGCGUCUGGGCGACUCUGGGAUUUCACCGAAAAGAUUGCGUCUAGCCGACGUGAAGGCAAGAAUCGGCGCGAUGGCGCUACCGUCAGCACACGCGUGCUGCGCCUGACAGAUCUGCUCGGCAGCAAGCUAUUCGAGGCUGCCAGAGUGGGCGACAAGAAGAGCGCAUCUCCGACUCUCAGCGUUGAAGAUGCCAAUCAACUCAAGAAGAGUGUCAAGGAGCAGAGGAGGCGUAGGUCGCUGGAGAAUCGCGCGCAUCUGUAA